UUGUCCUUGUCUUACAAAAAAAUAAAGCAUGAUGCCUUAAAUUAAAUAUUAAAGCCACAAGAAAGGCAUGGACCAUAGUUUAAUGAUCAUUCCUAUUAGAUAUUAGUGGUGCAAUAUUUUUUUUAUAAAUGGUGUCUCACGAUUAGUUAGUAAUAUGUUUUAAAAAUUAUUUUUUUAUGAGAUCCGAUAUUUAAUUAUACUAAUUAUACUGUGACACCGAGAAGAAUAUUAAACACCAAUAGUAUCUUUUAUCAAUUCUCUAAUUUAAUAUAUCUAGCUAGAUAAGGCCAUAACACAACACACAACAAUCCAAUUAAAACUUCAUAUUAUUAAAUAAUGUAAUUACUGUUCUUUUGCCAAUAAAACGCCCCAAAAUUCAGCUAACUUGAUCAACAUACACAAUAUAAAUUGCUUUCUUUAACAUAUAAUACUAGUAAAAAUGCCUACAAUCCAACAUUCCACAUCUUCUAAAUCAAACUCAUCAUCUUCAAAAUUUGAUGAGCAAAGAUGGGUAACCCAAAUUAGUAGAACACUCCAAGAAGAGCUUGAAGAUGAUGCUGAUAUUGCUGUGUCUGUUUUCAAUGUCCCCAAAAUUUUAAUGGCAAGUGACCCAGAAUCCUACACACCACAAGAAGUAGCUAUUGGCCCAUACCAUUAUUGGAGAACAGAGCUUUAUGAAAUGGAAAGGUACAAACUUUCCUCAGCAAAAAGAGCCCAAAAAAAUCUCCAAUGUGGUCGAAAAUUUCAAGAUCUUGUUCAACACUUGAUCAAUCAAGAACACAAGAUUAGAGCUUGUUACCACAAGUACUUGGAUUUUAGUGGUGAAACUCUGGCUUGGAUGAUGGCCAUUGAUGCCUCUUUUUUACUUGAGUUUCUUCAAGUUUAUGCUAUCAAAGAAGGAUUUAAUAAGGGAUUCUCUUCUUCAUCGAGAAUGUCACAUUUGGUUGACUUUACAGGGAGAAAGUCAGCGCACAAUGCUAUACUAAGAGACAUAAUUAUGUUAGAAAAUCAAAUCCCAUUAUUCCUUUUGAGAAAGAUUUUGGAGUUUCAAUUCGAAUCUUGUGAUGAAAUGUUGUUAGCCAUGUUGGUGGGAUUUUCAAAAGAGGUUUCACCUUUCAAAAUGAUGGAACAAGAAGCGAUCAUUAAAGUCUCCGAAUGUGCUCACUUGUUGGAUUUCUUAUACGACAUAAUCACACCACAACAAAUUGAAAACCAAGAUGAAGUUAUUGAAAUUAGUGACCAUGAUGAUGAGAAUCAAGACCAACAAAAACAGAGCUUUUUUGGUAAUUCAAACUCUGUUAAAAAACUAAUCUUUCUAUUUUGGAAGAUGGUUUCAAAGCUAAACAGAAGUUCAAUACGUUUUCUCAAAAGGGUAUUUUUUUCAAGACCAGUUAAAGUAAUUUUGAAGCUCCCAUGGACAAUCCUAUCCAAUCUUCCUGGAUUCAGACUCUUAAAAGCUCCAAUUGAGUACUUGUUUUUCAAUGAAGAAGACAAAGAAGAAGAAGAAGCCAAACCAGAAGCAGAGAAUUCUUCAAGUAUUUCCAAGCCACCAUUAAUGGAAGAAAUCUCUAUUCCAUCAGUGACUGAAUUAUUCAAAUCCGGUUUUCGUUUCAUCCCAACAAACGGUAACAUCUCAACCGUUAGUUUUGACGUCAAUACAGUUACACUUUACCUCCCUGCCGUUAGUUUAGACGUUAAUGCAGAGACCAUAAUGAGAAAUUUAGUGGCUUACGAAGCAUCAAACGCAUCAGGGCCGUUGAUUUUUACACGUUACACUGAAUUAAUGAAUGGGAUUAUUGAUACUGAAGAAGAUGUUAAGUUACUUAGAGAAAGAGGUAUAAUUAUGAAUCGUUUGAAGAGUGAUGAAGAAGUGGCUAAGUUAUGGAAUGGGAUGAGUAAAUCUAUUAGAUUGACGAGAGUGCCCUUUUUGGAUAAGGUUAUUGAAGAUGUGAAUAAGUAUCAUAAUGGAAGAUGGAAGGUUAAAUUUGGAAAAUUUAUGAAGUUUUAUGUGUUUGGUUCUUGGCAGUUUCUUACUUUGUUGGCUGCCGUUUUGAUGUUGAUGUUCAUGGCUUUGCAAGCGUUUUGUUCUGUUUACACUUGUGCUCGUGUUCUUAAUAUCGACACUACUACUACCACUCGUAAUUAAUUAAGCUCAAAUUACUGUUAAAUUUGUGUUUUGUGUUAAAUUAUAUGAACAAAAUUAUAAGUUCAUUUUAUUGUCCAUUUUAUUAUUUUGGUUGGUUGUGUAAUCUUGAUGAAUAUCAACCUCUGUGUGUGUGUGUUAUUAUUGAUUCGUUUUGAGAUGUAUGGGUGUGAUGAUAUAUUUGAUACUUGAUUGUUGCUAUUAGAGUUUGCAUUAAAAGUAAAUUAUUUGAGAUCAGACUAAAUGAAUUCGGUAUCAAUAAUUUAAUUAAUUUAGAUCAUUUAUAAUAUUCUAUUCGAUCACGAUUUUAAAAUUCUAGCACGUAGUUCAAAUAAAAUCAAACCAAAUUAAACGGCUUAAUUUUUUUUUUUCUUUAUAUAAACUUAAUCAAUUUUUUUUUAUUAAAAAUUGAUAUCUAACAAUAAUUUUAGGCAUAAUAUUAAUAGUAAUUUAAUAUUGUUUUAAAAAUAUCUAUUUUUAUUAUUAUUUAUGUAUUAUAAGCUUUAACAAGUACAAAAGCUAGUUAAAAAAAUUAGAACAUUUACGAAUUAUUAACCAUGAUUUCAACAUUAAUUGAAUUGGUUUGGUUUGAGUAUGGUAUCCGAACCAAAAUAAUUAGAGAAUACAACCUUUCUAUUUUUAAUUUAUUUAAA